GAAAAUGGUUGCCUGUGUUCACCUACUGUGAAGACUUGGAAUCAGAAAACUACAGUUUCGGUUCUCCAAGUAUUUCAGGAUGUAAAUAUGGUCUGACCUUUCCCUGAUGGGCAGUGAAAUCAUGGACGCGCUACACAAUUUACUUUGGAUUGUCCUUCCAGAAGAUGCUUUGGCUUCUCCCUCGGGGAAUCACUAAGCAUUUGUAGCUGACAAGGAAACGAGGGAGAACUGAGAACUGGAAAGUUGUCUUACAAUGAGAAUUACGAGCACAUCUUGCAUCUGCCCAGUGCUGGUAUGUCUCUGUUUUGUGCAGCGGUGUCAUGGAACUGCUCACCAUAACUCCAUCAAGGGGACCAAAAACCAAACCAAACACAUCGAAGGGGAAACCGAAGUCCACCAUCGUCCCAAGAGGGGAUGGGUGUGGAAUCAGUUCUUUGUUUUAGAAGAACAUAUGGGACCAGAUCCCCAGUACGUUGGAAAGCUGCAUUCCAAUUCUGACAAAGGUGAUGGGUCGGUCAAGUACAUCCUUACUGGAGAAGGUGCUGGGACCAUUUUCAUUAUUGAUGAUACCACGGGUGACAUCCACUCCACAAAAAGUUUGGACAGAGAGCAGAAGACACACUACGUGCUUCACGCGCAAGCUAUUGACAGAAGGACAAACAAACCCCUGGAGCCUGAAUCUGAGUUCAUUAUCAAAGUGCAAGACAUCAAUGACAACGCUCCCAAGUUCACAGACGGCCCGUACAUUGUCACUGUGCCUGAGAUGUCAGAGAUGGGUACCUCUGUCAUACAGGUGACAGCUACUGAUGCAGACGACCCCACCUAUGGCAACAGUGCUCGAGUGGUUUACAGCAUCCUCCAGGGGCAGCCCUACUUCUCAGUGGAUCCCAAAACGGGAGUUAUUAGAACUGCCUUAAGCAACAUGGACAGAGAAGCCAGAGAACACUACUCAGUGGUCAUUCAGGCCAAGGACAUGGCUGGACAAGUGGGAGGACUUUCAGGAUCAACCACUGUCAACAUCACAUUGACCGAUGUCAAUGACAAUCCACCACGCUUUUCUCACAAGCAUUAUGAACUCUAUGUCCCUGAGUCAGCUCAAGUUGGCUCAGCAGUUGGGAAGAUCAAGGCGAAUGACGCUGAUACAGGUUCUAAUGCCGACAUGACAUAUUCCAUCGUAAAUGGUGAUGGUGUUGGGGUUUUCUCCAUCUCUACUGACAAAGAGACCAGAGAAGGAAUCCUUUCCUUAAAGAAGCCAUUGAACUAUGAAAAAAAGAAAUCAUAUACCCUCAACAUAGAAGGAGCAAACACACAUCUUGACUUUCGCUUUACGCACUUGGGCCCUUUUAGAGAUAACACCAUCCUGAAAGUCAUUGUUGGGGAUGUUGAUGAAGCCCCGUUGUUUUCCAUGCCUUCCUAUGUCAUGGAAGUCUAUGAAAAUGCCAAGAUCGGAACCACUGUUGGCACAGUUUUGGCACAAGAUCCUGACAGUGCUAAUAGCCUAGUAAGAUAUUCCAUCAAAUAUGAUACUGAGGAAGAAAGAUGUUUUAAUAUUGAUGCCAAUACUGGGACCAUUAAGACUACAAAAGUUCUUGACAGAGAAGAAACUCCAUGGUACAACAUCACAGUUGCUGCCUCAGAAAAUGACAAUCCUGGGUUGCUGAGCCAUGUCACAGUGGGUAUUAGAGUUUUGGAUGUCAAUGACAAUCCACCUGAACUUGCCAGGGAAUAUGAUAUUGUUGUCUGUGAAAAUGCUAAGCCUGGCCAGGUUAUUCAUACUAUCAGUGCCACUGAUAAGGAUGACUUUGCCAAUGGACCAAGGUUUAACUUCUUUCUUGACGAGCACCUGCCAGUGAACCCCAACUUCACACUUAAGGACAAUGAAGAUAACACAGCCAGCAUUCUGACCAGGAGGAGGAGAUUUAGUCGAACUGUUCAGGAUGUGUAUUAUCUGCCCAUUCUGAUCUCUGAUGGUGGAAUCCCCUCUCUCAGCAGCAGCAGCACCCUCACCAUCAGGGUUUGUGCAUGCGAGAGAGAUGGGCGUGUGCGGACCUGCCAUGCGGAAGCCUUCCUCUCCUCGGCUGGCUUGAGUACAGGAGCCUUAAUUGCUAUUCUUCUCUGUGUUGUCAUUCUCCUAGCUAUUGUAGUACUGUUCAUCACCCUGAGGCGUGGCAAAAAAGAGCCGCUCAUCAUUUCAGAGGAGGACGUGCGGGAGAAUGUGGUCACCUACGAUGACGAGGGAGGCGGGGAGGAGGACACGGAGGCCUUCGACAUCACAGCCUUGAGGAAUCCUUCUGCCGCGGAAGAGCUCAAGUACCGGCGGGACAUCCGCCCUGAAGUGAAGCUCACUCCCAGACAUCAGACACUGUCCACGCUGCAGAGUAUAGAUGUUCAGGAGUUCCUCACACAAAGACUGGCUGAAGCCGACCUGGACCCCAGCGUCCCUCCUUACGACUCUCUGCAGACUUACGCCUAUGAGGGUCAGAGAUCGGAGGCUGGGUCCAUUAGCUCGCUGGACUCAGCAACGACACAGUCGGACCAGGAUUAUCACUACCUUGGAGACUGGGGACCCGAGUUCAAAAAGUUGGCUGAACUCUAUGGAGAAAUAGAAUCUGAAAGAACAACUUAGGGGGUCCAUUCAGUCUGCUUCCUGAGCAAAUGGAAACACAGCCUCACCAACGACAAGGACGAAGCGUGGACACAGUACUUGAACCGAGCAAGGUGUACACAGCUCCUGUGAAAACAAGUGCCCUUUUUAUGAUCGAAACUGGGUUAUUUAAUUGGAAAAAAGUCAAAUCUAACAGAAGCAUACGAAGUAAAAGAUAUUGUUCCUUGUGUAUAUUUUCAAUUGCUCAAUAAAGUCU